UCCAUGCAGCCAACACACAAACGUGUAACCUUCUAUUCACUUCCGCUGGAUACGUAGCUCAGCUGAAGCAACAGCAAUAGUUUUGUCCUGUUGGGCUUGAACAAAUCAUGYCUCAGAAACAUACGUGAUCUUUUCACUAAAAUAACGUGCAAAGGAGAAGUCAAACGUCGGACAGUUUUUAAAAGCCUUUUACUAAUUCCCUUUUGGAAAUACGUUUGGACGUAUUCCAAUUUGCUUGGAGUUCUUCAAGUUUCGAGYUUAAAAUUAAGGUUAUCUAGAUUAAGAAAAUGCCUAACAAGUUCCAAAAGGAGUGUUUGAACGCCCACAAUGCCUAUCGCGCCCAGCACGGUGCGCCUGCACUCAAGUGGUCAGCUAAACUAGCAUCGGAUUGYGAGAAAUGGGCGAGAGAUCUUGCAAAACGAAACGCGUUACAGCACAGUACAGGAGAUUAUGGGGAAAAUCUAGCAAUGGCAUCAGGUUACGACUUGUCGGGCAAUCGCUCUGCUGAAAUGUGGUAUGAAGAAAUCAACAAAUAUAGAUUCAACAACCCAGGAUUCUCAUCCGGUACCGGGCAUUUUACACAACUCGUAUGGGCCGGGUCGCGAGAGUUAGGAGUCGCUAAAGCCGCGAGUUCAUCAGGAGCCCAGUAUGUUGUGGCUCGGUAUCUUCCCGCAGGUAACGUCAUUGGAGCCUUCCCAGCCAAUGUAAAACCAAGGGGAUCAAAGGUCGACAAGGCCGCUAAGGCUGGUGGGAAGGAUGCGGCACGUGUCACGUCAAAGACAUCYGAUAAACCACAAAGCUCCCGUGAGUUCAAGAACGAUAUACUUCAAGCUCACAAUCAAUACCGAGCUCUUCACGGCGCUAAACCYCUGAAAUGGAACUCAAAGCUGGCCUCAGAAGCUCAGAGCUGGGCAGAAAAUUUGGCCAAACGAAACUGCAUUCAACACAGCAGCUCGAGGGAUUAUGGAGAAAGCAUUGCUUACAUGAGUGGUGCAGAGCUUACAGGACAUAAGGCAACAGACAUGUGGUACGAAGAAGCAGACAAAUACCGGCAKGCCAACCCGGGAUUCUCUUCGGGUACCGGGCAUUUUACACAAGUAGUGUGGGCAAGUACAACGGAAAUGGGUGCCGGGAGAGCUACCAGUUCUACUGGAGCACAUUACGUUGUGGUUCAUUAUACUCCCCCGGGUAAUGUAAUGGGYCAGUUUCCUGAGAAUGUUAAACCAAGAGGAUCUGGAAACCCUGGUGGAGGUGGGAAAAGCUGUUGUGUCAUACUCUAAGACUAUGCAAGAAUAUUAAUACGAUAGGUCGAGGUUGAGUUUAAGGGACCGUUUAUUUUUACGUGCAUGGGGGGCUGGUGGGAUUAGGAGGGCCACGCAGUAAAAAUAUAUGGCAUUUAAAGGUGGGCCACCCCAAAAAUAAUUAGGUAAAUAGAAGACUUAUAAAAUAAAUUUUUCCUGUUUUAAAAGGGGGCCACGCAAAAAAAUUUCAGGUCAUAUAUUUUUUUGAACUUACAAUUCACAGAAUCCCACCAGGUCCCCCAAACUUCCGUAAGAAAUUAACGGUCCCUAAUUCUCCCAUGCAGUCUUUACCUCAUUUCAACUAAUCUUUUCUAUUGCUAUGUUUGUACCAUUGUAUCUUGCUAGCUAAGGUCGAGGUCCAUCUUCAUAGAAUCCCUUUUUUUGUCUAAUACAAUUUUCUUUUUAUCCUUCCAUUUUUUAUUGCAAAGUGGGGUGGCUAACAACCCUAUAGUACCCUUCACAGUUCCCUGCGCCAUCUUGAAAGGUAGCCGAGCCUCGAAGCGAGACGAACGGUGAGCUUGCAAUGAUAGAGACCGUGAAGGGGUCUAUUCCCCCCCCCCCUUCCUGGAAUCAACGUUAACUUCAACAGGUUGUCAAAGAUAAAAAUAAAAAUAAAGCCAUAUUAUUCUU